CUUGCUGCGGCAUCAGAUUUCUUUCUCUUCGCUGGGCUCAUGUACACGUUGCCUCCUGCAACAUGGCGGCCGAGUGAGCAGCGCGAGCUAAGAACUGCCAGCAGACGAAAUUUCAAAACUCCAGCAACCCGCAGUUCUAGUCAUCUCGAAGCAACUGGUCCUCUCCUUGCUGCGUCAGAGAACAUCGCAGAUUCGAUCUGAGGAGGGUUUUCCUCCCUCGUCUGGAAGCAUGGGUGUCGGGGUGUGCCUCUCCAGAAGUCCCAGCCUGGUCUCUGUGUUAACCCUUUCGCGAUUAGCCAUCGUCACGCUGGCGGCGUCCGUGUGGCUGCGGGGGCCGACGUCAGCAGACAGCAUGGCCGUGGGGCAAGCCGUGCAUUCGCCAAGGUACGUCCUCGUGUUCGGAGGCAACGGGUUUCUGGGAGGGGCCACGGUGGAGAGACUGUUGGCAGCGGGGCACAGGGUGGUGACGGUCCACCGGGGAAACUGGUACUGGGACUCGGCCUUCGUCGUCAAACCUUACGUGACGCACAUCAAGUGUGACCGGAUGUUAUCGCUGGACAAGUGCCCUCAACUCCUUGACCUCGUCAACAACAAUGGUAGCUUUGACGCCGUGGUGGACUUCAGCGCCUAUCAUCCGUUUUCCAUCAAGGAAGCGCUCAAGGUGUUGAAAGACAAAGCCAGGUUUUACAUCUACAUCAGCACAGACUCUGUCUACGACGUGUGCGACAAAUCUCACGCGGACCCCACGCGAGAGAGCGACGCCGUCAGACCAGCGUCCGAGCAGCGGCGUCAGGAGCUGCAGGCUGUCGAGAGCUACGGCCACCGCAAGCUGAUGAUCGAGGAAGAGCUGGUCCUGCAACGGGAGGCUGGUGGCAUCCCCUUUGUCUCGCUACGCCUGCCGGAUGUCAUAGGGCCCAAAGACAACACAUACAGGUGGUGGAUCUACCAACUGUGGAUACGCCUUGCGGACCACCUGGAAAAACCCUUAGCUAUCCCAUCAUUCCUCGUGAACAAGCCUAUGAGCCUUGUCUACGUGAACGACGUUGCUGACGUCAUAGUCCGGCUCAUGGAUCCAAAACCGGAAGUUUUUGACCAGGCCUUUAACCUGGCGUUUAAGGAGACUCCCACCUUGCUACAGUUACUAGGGGACAUGAAGCUGGCCCUCAACAUCACAGACCUCAGCAUCAUAACCGACAACUCCGUCAACGCCGUCCACAUGUUCCCGUCCGUGCGGAGCGGCCCUAUUGACAUCACCAAGGCGCAGGAGAGUCUGCACUGGUCCCCCACGCCCCUGGAGACAGCCAUCGUGGAGACAGUGGACUUCUACGAGCGGACGAUGACGGACCCGUACAUGGUCGGCCCCCGGAAGGAGAUCAUCCGCACCAUGGAGACUCACUUCACCAGCAAGCCACUUAUGUUGCUACAGGGCUUGAAAAAACAUUACGGGCUCAACUAUCAAGUGCCCAAAGAGGAGCUGUGAUGUGGUCUGCUUGUUCGGGGCAUCUGAAUGGUCUGUGAUUGUGUUGUGAUGCAGGAAGGAAGGGGAGGGGCUUGAUAAUAACAGCGAUUUCUGUUCUUCACAUUGAAGAUGGCGGCCAAGUAGGAACUAAUCUCAUCAACUCCUUGUCCUGUGUUGUUAUCUCUGUCACCGAGUCUUUGGCUUUGACUGUAACAAAAUGUGAUUUUGUUAUAUUUACCUGCAAGCGAGUGUCUUGAGAGUUGUACACGAACAUAAGAAAAGCCAUUAAAUAGACUCACCAGAAAUUGGCCUUUAAUUUCUUGACCCUGUAAACUUUGGAAUUCCGAAAUUUAUUCCAGGAGUAGAGGUGGAAGAAGUCAGAAAUUUAUCUGUCGCCAAACAUCGCUAUGCUUUUCUUUUUUCCAGAAAAUAUUUAACAGUUUGGAGAGUGCCUUGUCUGGAGCAUUGAGAGAAGAAUGGAUGGCUUAGAUGGUUAAAAUGAAAUUGUUAUGCUAUGUGUAUGGGUUAUGGCGUUGCUCAGAAAGACUGCUUUCCGUCGUUGGUGUAUUUGCAUUUUGUAUGCCAUUGCGCGCUUCAUGCCGUCCAUCAUCGUGAGUUAAUGAUAUGUGAGAUUCCCACACAGGCCUUGAUUCUGAUUGUCGUCUGCUGAUUCUCCGUCUCUGUGCUAUCAAUGUCAGUACGAAAGUAAAAUGAAUACUAAGUUGCAAGGAGAUGAAAAUAAAUUUUCUGAAGGCAUUUGGUGUUUAGUGUUG